AUGCUUGCCUACACAAUAGCUUCUCCGGCCGCCAUAAAGCCCGAAUCCGAUGUGGAGAAGUCUGAAGUCAAGAAUACAGAGGAUGAAAACACCUCAGAGGCACAAGACGACUCAGCAAACCCUGAGGUCCAAUUGCCAGAGCCUCUUACAAUGGAGACAUUCGAUGACUUCACGUCGCAGCAUAUUACAUUCGUUGAGUUCUUUUCACCAUACUGCCAUCAUUGUCAAGCCUUGGCACCGAAGUGGGAACAAGCGUUCAGGGAAACAUACGAACAGCAGCAGAAGACGGGACUUCACAUGAGACAGGUCAAUUGCGUCGAGAGCGGUGAUCUCUGUGAUCGUGAAGUUGUUCCAUACUGGCCCAAUAUGAGAGUUUACGUGCCUGAACGUGACGAAAAAGGAGAGAAAACCAGCAAGGGUAAGCUUGUCGACUCAUUCCCUCGUGCUCUCAAACAGACUCCUGAGAACCUCAAGAAGUUUAUGAUGAACUCGCUAGCUGAGUAUGCCGACGGCACAAUAUCCAUGCCUUCUUCAUCAGAGCUUCUUAAUACUGACUCUAUGUUGAACAUCGUCGCCGGUGAAAUGAACGAGCCAUGGUUUGUCGGCAUGUUCUCUUCAAGCAAUGAAGAGUGGGAGAAAGGUACAUUUUCUAGAAGUUGUAUGGACUGCUUAAGAAUCAAGAGUGACUGGGACAGAUUAUCAAAUCUUAUCCAGAGCUCUACCAAAAGCGGCCACUUGAACUGUAAAUCCAAUCCUACUCUAUGUGAAAAGCUUGGCUACCCAGAAUUGAGCUCUGAUAUGAGGCAAGCCCCGAAGUUUGCCAUGUUCCUACCAAGUAAAGUCGGUCGUAUCAGAUUUGACUAUAACGACAUUGUUGAUGUGAAGAAGAUGAAAGCCUGGAUCUCUAGAUUGGCAAUCAACUCCCAGUAUGAAAUGGCUACCGCUGGUCACUUGGAAGACUUGGACCUUUUUGUUACUGAGAAGCCCUCAAGUCCGUUACAGGUGGAGCUCCCAUUGAACACCAAGGUGGGUUUGGUAUUUGCCUUCGAAAAGAACAAAUUGACAAAAGAAGACAAAGCUAUUUUGCCUCACUUACUUGAAAUGAUCACUGACUUACCAUUCAAUGUCCGCCUAUACGCAUCUCAUUCAGUGAAGUUUGAAGAAACACUCGAGUAUCAGUCGAAGGGCUUAAUUGACUUUGUGAAAACGGAUCCAACCCUCGAGGAGGUGACUUACAGUCGCCCUUUGCACAUAGCAACUACCUUGACGAAAAAACCUACGUUAUAUCUAUUUAAGGAGAACUCUAUGAUUCCCACGGUUUAUCAAAAUUAUGCACCUGAAGAUAUGAGGGAUCCGGAGAAAAUUAAGGCGUGGGUUAUGAAGAACAUAUACCCAUUAUUCGAUGAAUUGACACCAGAAUUGUUGAAGUGGUACUUCAACACAAAGGACAAACGAAAUGACAAGGUUGUUGUCACCUUUGUGGACGGCAAUGAUGACAAGCAUCUUAAAGAGGCGUUGUACAACGUCUCGCUAGUUGCACAUGAAUAUACUCUUUUGAAAAAGCAGUACUAUUUUAAAGCCUUGCAGGAUGAAAGAAGCUCCAAGUGGCAGAAAAUAACUGAGUUGAGAGAAAAAGGCGCCAAGUCCUCGGAGGUAAUCAAAGCUAUGAAGGAAUACGUCCCUCACUUGUUCGACCACAAUGAUGCGUUGUUCACGUACGUCAAUCUUAGAGAAUAUCCUAGGUUUGCCAAAGAUAUUGGCUGGGAUAUCGAUGGUGAAGGCUACAAGCCUGGCGACACAAUCAUUGUCAACAAGAACACCAAAUACUAUUAUGAUCGUACAUUAACGGGCGAAAAACUCACAAUAGAGCCAUCAAAGUUGCGCCCGGUGUUGUUGCACCUCUUAGAUCCCCAACUAACAAAAGAUGCUAAGGUUGUCGGGUUCUCCCCAAGGCUUGCGGCUAGUCCAUUCACAGGCUACUUACGAUUCAUGGAUCAAAUAUAUCAGCACGGGAUCGUGGGUAUCAUUUUAUUCUUUAUAGGGGUAUUUCUAUUCUUGAAGAUGGCACUCAGAUUUAUGAAGAGAGGAAAGCACACAUCGAGAAGCAGAGGCAUCAUUGGCAAUGUUGCGCCCAAACACGACUAA